AUGGAAAAAUCUGCACCUUAAAUAGAUAUAAAAUUUACUCCAUUUUUUGCAGGAGUUGAUUAAUAAAUCUUCAGGCAUGGGCAUUCUUUAUACAAACAAAAAAUAUUCAAAGAAGCCGAAGUAGAAUUCUCAGCUUUGGCUUAAUAGCAAUCGCAAAAUUUAUUAAAUAGUAUUACAGCUGCUAUUUACCUCAUCAAAACUUUAAUUAAGCAAUCAUAUUUUGUAGAAGCAAAAGAUAAGCUCUAAUCUUUGCAAGAUUUAGUUAAUAAAAACAGUUAAGAAUUAACUUAAGACAUUAAGAAUUCCCUAGAGAUAUUCAACAUCUUAUCUCUUUACAGAGCUGGAUAUUACUUUUAGAUUAUUAGACCUCUUAAGUAAUUAGUAGAUAAGGAUAUUACUAAUCAAAGAGAUCUUAUCAAACUUUAAAUAGCUUUAGCAAAAGUUUACUUUAACCUAGGAAAUCAUUAUUAAAUGCUUCUCAAUAAAUUCACAAAAUACGUUCUUAAGAUUAUGAUAUUCUUUGAAGAGAAUAACUCUGUCAAGUAUUACAAAUAUUUGGAUAUGUACUCUUUAGCAAAGAAACUUUAACCAAGAGUAGUAAAUUAACACUUGCAAAAAAUUGACCAGAUUUAUUAGCAGAAAAAAAUAAAGUUUAGCAAUUAAGAAAUAACUUAUUAAGAAACUCAUAAAUAUUAUGUCUAGGCUGAAAUUAAUAGGCUAUCUUAUGAGCCUAAGGAUAGAAGUCUAUAAAUGGCUGCUCAACUCGCUAUCAGACUGCUAAAUAAUUAAACCAAAUUAGAUUAAGAUAAAAGAUUAAGUUUCUUGAGGUUUUAGUAUUCAACUCUCUUAAUAAUUUAAGAAGAACAGGAUGAAUCUGCCUUUUAAGCCAUGGAAAAAUAGUAUAAUCAGUUAUUGACUGAAUAUUAAACUUACUUUGACAAUGCAAAGUUUUUGAGAGAAGUAUGUAGAUAAGUUAGAAUUGGUCUUUACUUUUCGAAAUAUGAUGCAUUCACUUAAACUGUAAAGGAUGUAAUUAUCAAUGAGGUAUUGAGAAGAUAAAAAGAUAAUUACCCUUUAAGUAUUCAUACUUCUAAUGAGAUUAUAGCCUUAGCUGACUUCUUGAAAGAUAAAAAUCCUGCUUAUAGCUCCAUGAAAUUCUUCUAAAUUGAUAUUUUGGAAUAAAUUGAAGAAUAUAGAUAAGUAUUGUAUCUAGAGGCUCUUGAUUAAUUUCCAAAAGAUUAUUACCAUCAAUCAAGAGCUGCAAAAGAGAUAUUUGAGUUAGAUGAUUAGUAUUAUUUUGGUAAUCUUUAAAUAAAUGAUUAUAUAAACAGAGCUGAUUUUAUACUAAGAUAAUUAGCAUAAGAUCUCUAUCAUGGGAAUUAUAAUUGCAUAGGAGUGCAUAUUUUGAAGAAGCUAAAAUUCGCUGCAAUGGAAGAUUCAGUCAAGAAGGGCGUAUAUAUAAAUGAAAAUUUCAAGGAAGAAAUGUUUAUAUAGCGAUUCAAAAUAAUCUAAAACUCUUUUGAUUAUAUGAGAGGGGAUGACUUUAAUAUUUUCAAGGCAAUAGGAGCAAUUUACAAAAAGAACAAUAAUAGUUAAGAAUAUGUCAAGCUCAUAGAUUAGUAUAUUUAAGUGAAGUUAAACAGAGAUCAAAAUUUGGAGUUAGCAAGUAACUCUAUAUAUUUAAUCUAAGAUUUAUUUGAAAUGAAUGAAGUGAAUUAAGCAAUAUCUAUGAUUGAUAAAAUCUAUGAACAACUUAGAGUGUCUAGUAGCAAUUUAGCUACAAAUUACUCUGAUAUUGUCUUUGGAGAAAAUUGCAUUAACAUAUUCCUAAUAAAUAAUUAGUUUGAAAAAGCCCUUGAAUACUCAGAAAAAGUUCUUUAACCAUACAAGCAAAUUAUGCAAGACAAUCCUAAUCAUAUCUUGAAUAAAACCUUAAUUAUUGAGAAGAUUAAAGUUCUUAAUUAUGAUGCAACAAUCAAAUCCUAAAAGAGCUUAUCAAAUUCUUAGUUAGAUCAAAUUAUCGAAGAUCUAAAUUAAAUUGAAAAUCUUAUUGGAGAGAAAAGCCCACCUUAUGUGGAGAGAAUUGUUAGACUGAGAAGAAUAAUAAGAUCUAUUUAAGAAUCGAAAAACAAAGUUUUGAUAGCAAAAACUCUUGGGAUAGGUUUAAUUUUGUCUGGAGUUGUAGUUGGAGCAAUUAUUUUCUUAAAUAAGAAGAAAAACUGA